AUGCUCCUGGAUGGUUGGGAGCCGCUGGAAAGGUUUAAGCGAGGGAGAGGCAUCGUUAGAUUUGCUUUUCGACAGCACGAAUCGAAGAAAAAAGGACUAAGUGCAGAGGAAAAGAGAACCCGCAUGAUGGAGAUAUUUUAUGAGACGAAAGAUGUAUUUCAACUAAAAGACAUGGAGAAGAUUGCUCCCAAAGAAAAAGGCAUUACUGCUAUGUCAGUAAAAGAAGUCCUUCAAAGCUUGGUUGAUGAUGGUAUGGUUGACUGUGAGAGAAUUGGAACAUCUAAUUAUUAUUGGGCUUUUCCAAGUAAAGCUCUUCACGCCAGGAAACGUAAGUUGGAGGUUCUGGAUUCUCAGUUAUCUGAGGGAAACCAAAAGUAUGCGAACCUACAGAAGAGCAUCGAGAAAGCUAAAGUUGGCAGACAUGAGACGGAAGAGCGAACUAUGCUAGCCAAAGAGCUUUCUUCACUUCGAGACCAAAAGGAACAGCUUCAGGCUGAAGUAGAAAAAUACAGAGAAUGUGACCCACAGGUUGUGGAAGAAAUACGUCAAGCAAAUCAAGUGGCCAAAGAAGCUGCUAACAGAUGGACUGAUAACAUAUUUGCCAUAAAAUCUUGGGCCAAAAGAAAAUUUGGAUUUGAAGAAAAUAAAAUUGAUAAAAAUUUUGGAAUUCCAGAAGACUUUGACUACAUAGACUAA